CAUGGCCGGCCGCAGUUGUGGCUGUGGCCCGGGCCACCUGAAUGAGGACAACGCGCGCUUCCUGCUGCUCGCAGGGCUCAUCGUGCUCUACCUGCUGGGCGGCGCCGCUGUCUUCUCGGCGCUGGAGCUGGCACACGAGCUGCAGGCCAAGCAGCGCUGGGAAGAGCGCCUGGCCAACUUCAGCCGCGGCCACAACCUGAGCCGCGAAGAGCUGCGAGGCUUCCUCCGUCACUAUGAGGAAGCCACCAGGGCGGGUAUCCGCAUGGACAGCGUGCGCCCUCGCUGGGACUUCACGGGAGCCUUCUACUUCGUGGGCACUGUGGUGUCCACCAUAGGGUUUGGGAUGACAACACCAGCCACAAUAGGAGGGAAGAUCUUUCUGAUCUUCUACGGUCUCAUUGGAUGUGCAAGCACCAUCCUCUUCUUCAACCUCUUCCUAGAGCGGCUGAUCACAGUCAUCGCCUACGUCAUGAGAUCCUGUCACCAGCAGCAGCUGCGGAGACGUGGAGUAGUGACCCAGGACAACAUGAAGGCCCCUGAGAAGCGUGAAGCUGACAGCCUGGCCGGCUGGAAGCCCUCUGUGUACUAUGUCAUGCUGAUCCUAUGUUUGGCAUCCGUGGCCAUCUCUUGUGGCGCCUCGGCUCUGUAUGCCAUCAUGGAAGGCUGGAGCUACUUUGACUCUCUCUACUUCUGUUUUGUCGCUUUCAGUACUAUUGGCUUUGGGGACCUGGUCAGCAGCCAAAAUGCUCAGUAUGAGAGCCAAGGGCUCUACCGCUUCGCCAACUUCUUCUUCAUCCUCAUGGGUGUCUGCUGUAUCUACUCCCUCUUUAAUGUCAUCUCCAUCCUGAUCAAACAGACUGUGAACUGGAUCCUGAGGAAACUGGAUAGUGGGUACUUCCCACAGUGUCAGAGAGGACUCCUACGGUCCAGGAGGAAUAUGGUGAUGCCCGGCAACAUCCGGAACAGGUGCAACAUCUCCAUAGAGACAGAUGGGAUGAUGGAGAGUGACACGGAUGGGCGGCGUCUCUCAGGGGAGAUGAUCUCCAUGAAGGACACCAACAAGGUCUCACUGGCUAUCCUGCAGAAGCAGUUGUCCGAGAUGGCCAAUGGUGGACCCCACCCGUCCAAUUCAUCCUCCAGGGACGAUGAGUUCUCAGGGGGUGUGGGAGCCUUUGCAGUAAUGAAUAACAGGUUGGCAGAGACAAGCGGAGAUAGGUAGGAACCAGGAGUAGCUACUAGAUGAAGAGACCCAGGGGCAGGAGGAGGACAAGACACUGUCAUGCCCCUAGUGAGCUCAGCUGUGUCCCUGGCUGUUGCUAUCCACUUCUCAAGUCCAGCUUUUGAAAUCUGAUCUUGGCCUCAGGCAACAGCAACCUCUCAAGGUUAGGAACUGGAGCCUCCUUGCCUGCCUCUUAUUUUACUCUUGAAUUCCAAGUUAUAUAUUGCUGAGGUCCUCACCAUCCCCCAGAGUUUUAAUUGUCUGCGGGAGACGGGUUUCCCUCCAGCUUUAAUUUCCCCAUGAUGGGCCGUCACUUGGGAAGCAAAGCCCUGAAGGGCCUAAAUUCUAGCAUGGAACUGUAAAUGGCCGAGUUCACCACUUCACCAGCCCCAGUCUGGGCCUCCCAAGCAUAUUUGUUGUUGGUUCCAUAGAUGGGGAAAGCAUCCAAUCUUCUCUUUACACCCGCUUCUCGGUUUGGGAGUCUUUGGUUUAUUGUUUUCUUUGGUUUGUUUUUGUUUCCUGUUUGGCUAAUGUAUCUUUGGGAUCUUAUGCGAUAAGACAAUUAAUUCAUCUUCGAGACAUUAAGGCGCAGCGGGGUAACAGCAGUGAGUCAAGGGAGGAGAGCAGCUCCCUGUGUAACUAGAGCCCAGAGCUUAGUUAACGUGUCCUCUUUGAAUGGCUACACAGACUGUCAUCUCACCAGGGCUUGGAGCCUGUUGUAGAGGCAACUGACUAUUUAUUAGAACUGAAAAUUUAAUAAAUUCUCAUUUUGUUAACUAAGAGGCCAUGGGUAAUCGUUGUGGACAGUGGAAAUACGAGCCUCAUCUUGGAGUCUGGGCUGGAGCAGCAACAACCUAGGUCACAUAAUGAAGUGUGACUUUCUUGUCUCACACAUUGCAGGGCUGGCUUCUGGGGCUGUACCAAGGCCAGUGAGGCGAACUUCUCAGGCCAUGAGAGUAUCCCUCCUGGGAAUGGAGGUUGCUGACCUUCAUAAAUGCAAGAGAGAACCUGUAAAGAGCUUCAGGGGUCAUUUUUUUUUUUUUUUGCAAGGUUAGAGUGGGUACACAUAACUCUUUUGGAAGCAAUUAGGUGGACCAGUAAAGACAGUUGAAAACCGGACUGUCUAGGGAAGGGCGAGCCGAGCCUGGGAGCUGAGCGGACCCCUGGGCACCAUCUUGUUCCACCCCCUUGACUUUACAGAGGAAGCAGUAGAUAACUCAGGGAAUGGCUCCUCAUCUGAGCCUCAGGCCUAACUGCUGCAGUUGGGAGGAGGACUCGGAGCUCCUGGUGAUGAAAGUGGGUCCCUCGGCCCCUCUUCCUCCCGACUUUGAAUUGUUUUCCUGACUACAGAGAGGCCUUUUCUCUUUCUUCCUGCUUGUAUCUGUAUCGCCCUUUAAUAUCCUGGGAGGUAGCUGUCACCAGAAGGCAAGCUGCACCUGAGCUCUUUCCACCAGCCACUGGGUGCUGCUUCUUAGCAGUUUAUUGGUGUCCGUAUUUGUGGUACAAGAGCAAGCAUAGAGCAGGUCUUUGCUUCUCUGUGUUGAUCCCUAGAAACCAUGGCAGUGUACCAGGAGGCCCACUGUAACCACAUCUCAUCUUCUAGGAGGGUCCACUUUGAAAGAGGAUGCUUACAGUAAUGUUCUAUCACAACCCAUGGAUUCCCGUAAGUGGGCUCCAACAUCGGCUUAAGCUUUUCAGCUGUGUUUGCUUAUUCCUUGAGACGGGUUCUUGCUAUGUGGUCCCAGCUGGCCGUGAACUAAUGAUCUUCCUGUUGCAGCCUCUCAGAUGCCAGGAUUACAGGUGUGAGCCGCCAUGCCCAGGUCAGAUAAAGCUUAUG